GGUAAACCCACUGGAUUAUUUCAAACAAAACGAGUUAAGUAAUUUCAAGAUAUUACUCGUUAUCAAUGUAAGAUUUACACAAGUUCGAAAUAUGUUUGGAGAAAGCGGCUUGGGAUAUUUGUCCUUCUUGGUCAAAAAUAUCGGUGACGGGUACAGAAAGCUUAUGCGCUAUGGAUGUAGCUUGUUUUCCUCUUUUAAUCCUUACUGUCAGAUUCAAAUGAGGGUUAUGGUUCAAGGGGAGCGUAGUCUCUGCGUCGAUUGUUAAUUUUUGGUCGGGACUUGUUCCAAUGUAAAUUCUGUUGCCUUUGACAAAUGAGAUCCACCAAGUUAAAAGUCCAGAAAAGGUAAAGUAGACUAACAAAAGGCACAAAAGAUGUUCCUUUAACUUUGAGAAAUCAUGGAGUUGCUCCAAACCGAAUGCAAUCGCAGCAGGAAUGGCACAGCCAAAACCAAAGAGAAAUCGAAUGUUAUCGACGAAAUGAGACUGCUUGUAUCCUUUUUUAUUAAAAAAUUCGAUAAAAGCAGUGUCAAAGUUGGUUUUAAAUUCCUGAAUGUUGUAUUUGGACAUAAGUUUUAUGAAAGCUAUUGGGCAGGGAAAGGAGUGGAUAGGCUGCAGAAUGAAUCCUAGACAAAGUCACCAAUUGGAAGUAGAUUGAUUUUCUGAUGGAAAAAAGAACUAAACAACUUUCACUAUAAAAAGCGAGGAUAUAAAUCCCUAUGAGGAACUUCAACUGCUAACCUGCGUAAAAUCUGAGACAUAGUUGUAUUCACCUAGAAUAUCUAUAUGGGAUUUUCUGCUAUUCAAGCCUUAAUUCAUAGACUACAAUGAAUGAAUAAAGCCACAAAACAUCUCAUUUCCCUCUUGACUUAGUUCUUACUUGGCAAGAUGGAAAAAAAAGUAGCAUGAACGCAGAGUGUGUCAUCGUGCUUCCUUCUGUAGAGUAUUCUUUGAAUUAAAAGAUAAGAAAUUCAAGUUGCUUGGGACGCCUUGCCCUAGUUAGUAUCCACCAACAAAGCCGGAAGGAACGCUUCUAGCAGAAUCCUAGAGAGCGCGGAUCUUCAAAAGAUAAUGAACUGGUUGAUGAAACAAACUUUCUCUCGUCGGAUCUGUUUUCCUUACCUUGAAAUUGCCAAUUUUAUUUUGCAACAAAAGCGAGCUUGCAAGUCAGAAAAGGACAUCGCUAGUUUUCAGUCAAGUUCCUAAAGUCCAAGACGAUUUUGAAACGGCCUAUCCAUACAUUCAAAUAUCGUUUUUUUUUUUCUUUCACUUUACUUUGAUUUCGAUCUUCCAUAACCUUUGUUUUGUAGUGAGUCGAAACGUGUUGCGCAAUUAUGCUAAACCAGUCAUUUUUUAACAUAGUCUUGGCGUUUUCCAAGGAGUGGGUAUUCAAAUAAUUUAACAAAAAUCCAUAAGAAUGCAGGCAGAAGGGUUCACAUUUGGCUUUUAUGAUGAGCCUAAAUCUGAGCAGCAACAGGAAACUCAAAACACAGAUCCUGCACCUGUCCCUAUUGAAUCUGUUUCACUUGGGCGUAUGCUAAAGUACAUUCCGUCCAAGCUAUCAUAUGCCCGUGUACACGGACUGCCUUAUAAAGUAGUUCAAAGAGAACUAUGGGACGUGAAAAUACAAUUAAUGGAGAGCGAUUCGUUAGAGUCCACACCUUCGGAAUUGAAAUUGCUGGAUAGUGCCAAUGAUUUAGUGCCCAAAGUUUAUGAGGGAGGUUUCAAGACAUGGGAAUGCAGUAUUGAUUUGUGCCACGAAAUAAAAAAGCUUAAUAUUUUGGAUCGGAACUUAACAAAUAUUUUGGAACUUGGGUGCGGAACCGCCUUGCCCAUCUUGAGUUGUUUUCAAGAGAUCUAUCAAAGACGUGAGCCAAGUACUUUGAUUUUUCAAGAUUAUAACAUUGACGUUUUACGCUAUAUUACGCUUCCAAAUCUGUUGUUGAAUUGGUACUUCAAUACACAGGAACAUGACUCAUCACAAGAACAUGGGACAAUUAACGUGAGCGAAAACUUACUGCAAGAAUUUUGUGACGAUUUUGCUCGUAACAGUAUUACCUGUGAAUUUCUAUCAGGCCCUUGGGGUCCCGAAAUGCAGAAUAUUAUCCAGCAGUCCUACGGUAGUCAUUACUUUUCUCUGAUUCUGGCUUCUGAAACUAUUUACUCAGUUCCUUCUUUAGAACCAUUUAUAUACAUGUUGUUGGAAAACACAAGAAAUAUCGCGUUGAUUGCAGGCAAAGAUUUGUAUUUUGGCGUUGGAGGCAGUAUUUUGGAAUUUUAUAAUCGACUGCAAAAAGCUGUUUCUCCAGAAGAUUCUCUAAAAACUGUAAAAUCAUCGUUUACCAAUGUUGGAAGAUCCUUGGUUUAUUGGGAGCGUUUAUCCAUAGCUGACUCUUCCGCGGAGCCAUCUUCAGUGAAGAAUUAAAUAGUUCUUCUGUUUCCCAGUGCGAUUAUUCAUCCCAAUUUCAGUACAGCCCUUAUAAGAGUUCAAUUGUUUUUCAAACAAAGUUUUUUUUGUUGUUGUAUAUUUCUCUCUCCUCCUACCUAUGUAUAUUAUGGAUGCAUACUAAAAAGAACGAUUGCGUGUUUUUAUUGUAUGAGAGAAGUGAAGACUUCAAAAAUUUAUUUUCUAUCCUCAUAAAGAAACCAAUGCUUUGUAAGUUACUGUUCCGUAACUGUGCGCAAUUUACCUAUCCAUUUGUCUUAACGCUUGUUGGGUAUGAUUAUAGAGUUAGUUAUUUUUUUUCUUUACUUUAGACUUGUUCUUUAACUGUUUUGUGUUGGGCUCGGUCUGACUUUGUAAAUUAUAUUGGUCUUUUUUGCCUACCGAAUCACGAGGCUUCGUGAAUAGAUAAAAAAUGAAUAAAAAAGAAAUAUAAUGAAUUGUCCUUUUUAUAUAUAGUUAGUGU